GCCUCUCGCUCUCGUUCCCUCGCUCGCUCUCUCGCUCUCUCUCUCUCUCUCUCUCUCUCUCUCUCUCUCGGGCAACAUGGCGGGCGUGGAGGAGGAGGAGGCGGCGUCCUUCGGGAGCCACCUGAACGGCGACCUCGACCCGGACGACCGGGAAGAGGGGACCUCCAGCACGGCCGAGGAAGCCGCCAAGAAGAAAAGACGGAAGAAGAAGAAGGGCAAAGGGGCUGUGUCAGCAGUGCAACAAGAACCUGAGAAAGAACCAGGAGCCUCCGUAGAUGAGGUAGCAGGACAGCUGGAGAGACAAGCCUUGGAUGAGAAAGAGCGGGAUGAUGAUGACGAAGAUGGAGAUGGAGACGGAGAUGGAGCCGCUGGGAAGAAGAAGAAAAAGAAGAAGAAGAAGAGAGGACCAAAAGUUCAGACUGACCCUCCCUCAGUUCCAAUAUGUGACCUGUAUCCUAAUGGUGUAUUUCCCAAAGGACAAGAGUGUGAAUACCCACCCACCCAAGAUGGGCGAACAGCUGCUUGGAGAACUACAAGUGAAGAAAAAAAAGCGUUAGACCAGGCUAGUGAAGAGAUUUGGAACGAUUUCCGAGAAGCUGCCGAAGCACAUCGGCAAGUUAGGAAAUACGUUAUGAGCUGGAUCAAGCCUGGGAUGACAAUGAUAGAGAUCUGUGAGAAGUUGGAAGACUGUUCUCGAAAGCUGAUAAAGGAGAAUGGAUUAAAUGCAGGCCUGGCAUUUCCCACUGGGUGUUCUCUCAACAACUGUGCUGCACACUACACCCCCAACGCUGGUGACACGACAGUCUUACAGUAUGAUGACAUCUGUAAGAUAGACUUCGGGACACACAUAAGUGGUAGAAUAAUUGAUUGUGCUUUCACUGUUACUUUUAAUCCCAAGUAUGAUAUAUUAUUAAAAGCUGUAAAAGAUGCUACUAAUACUGGAAUAAAGUGUGCUGGGAUUGAUGUUCGUCUCUGUGAUGUUGGUGAAGCCAUUCAAGAAGUUAUGGAGUCCUAUGAAGUAGAAAUAGAUGGGAAGACUUAUCAAGUGAAACCCAUCCGUAAUCUAAACGGACACUCAAUUGGGCCUUACAGAAUCCACGCGGGGAAAACGGUGCCCAUCGUGAAAGGAGGGGAGGCCACAAGGAUGGAGGAAGGAGAGGUGUAUGCCAUUGAAACCUUUGGUAGCACAGGAAAGGGUGUUGUUCAUGAUGACAUGGAAUGUUCACACUACAUGAAGAAUUUUGAUGUGGGACAUGUGCCAAUAAGGCUUCCAAGAACGAAACAUCUGUUAAAUGUCAUCAAUGAAAACUUUGGCACCCUCGCCUUCUGCCGCAGAUGGCUGGACCGCUUGGGAGAAAGUAAAUACUUAAUGGCUCUGAAGAAUCUCUGUGACUUGGGCAUAGUGGAUCCAUACCCACCAUUAUGUGACAUUAAAGGAUCAUACACAGCACAGUUUGAACACACCAUCCUGUUGCGUCCAACUUGUAAAGAAGUUGUCAGCAGAGGAGAUGACUAUUAAACUUAGUCCAAAGCCAACUCACCGUCUUUCUUUUCUAAGCUUUGUUGGAACACAUUAUACCACAAGUCAUUUGCAACAUGUUGUCUGUUUUAACAGUGGACCUGUGUAGUCCCUUUAUCCAUGUUUCAAGGAGUUUGAUCAAAGGUAAACUGUCUACAUGUAAUUAACCAAGGAAAAAGGCUUUCAAGACUUUAAUGUUAACUGUUCCUCCCAUCUAGGAAAUGCUGCACUGCUCACUAGUUAGGAAUUACUUACACAUUUUGUUUUGAAGACCUAAGAGAUGCUUUUUGAAUAUUUAUAUUGCCAUAUUCUUACUUGAAUGCUUUGAAUGACUACAUACAUCCAGUUCUGCACCUGUGCCCUCUGGUAUUGCUUUUUAACCUUCCUGGAAUCCAUUUUCUAAAAAAUAAAGACAUUUUCAGAUCUGA